AUGGCUGGAGGCAGCAGCAGCGUGUUGUUCUCAAUUUUUCUCUUCCGGGGAGGCUUCAAAGAGGCACAUGGCAUGGGAAUGCUGAGGCGCUUUUCUUGCCAUUCAUCACUGAAAUAUAAACAGCCUAUAGCCCAGCCUCAGUACUCCCGUAGUCAAAGCGGAUCCGCGGGCGCGGACACGAAAAACACCCGUCAAAUGACGAUCCCUGAGUCAGGAUCCGCCUGGAAGAUUGGAGUUGACCAAGGCGAUAAAAGCAGCGACGGGCAAAGAACGUGCGGUUCGGCUCUUAGCGCCUUGGCAAUCUUCCCCUUCGGCGAUGAAAAAGGCCAUCGCGCGGAACAAUUCCAGAACGAAAUCGAUUGA